CCUUCCCGUUCCAGUGCUCUUCCGCACCGCUCCGCUGCGCCGCGCCCGAAGCUACCGGCACCGGCAGCCGCGCCGGCUCUUUCUUUGCUGCCACUCUCCCAUCACCAACCUCAACGAGGCAGCUCCGGCACACGGGUGCGGAGGGCGGUUGGGCGCACUGGGUCCCUGAUGUCAGUGACCUCAUUAUUUUGACUGCUGGGUGAUGCCUCAUGAGCUCAUCAGGUUAGUGUGGCAGGCUAUGGGAUGGAUGAGGCUGAGCAGGACCAGUAUGAAGCUCGCCUCAAGGAACUCUUUGACAGCUUUGACAGCACGGGCACAGGGUCCCUGGGGCAGGAGGAACUCACUGACCUCUGCCACAUGCUGCAUCUUGAGGAGGUGGCCCCAGCACUGCAGCAGACCCUCCUCCAAGGCAACCUCCUAGGCAGGGUCCACUUUGAUCAGUUUAAAGAAGCACUUAUCCUCAUCUUAUCCAGAACCCUCUCAAAUGAAGAGCACUUCCAAGAACCAGACUCUUCCCCAGAAGCACAGCCCAAGUACAUCAGAGGCGGCAAACGCUACGGGCGCCGCUCCCUGCCGGAGUUCCCGGAGGCGGUGGAGGACUUUGCCGAGGUGACCGUCAUUGAGCCGCUGAGCGAGGAGGCCUGUCCCACCUACAUUGCUUCCCCUGACUGCCAGCAGCACUGGAAGACGCGAGACAGCGAGGAGUAUGAGGCAGAGGGGCAGCUGCGCUUCUGGAACCCAGACGACCUGAACGCCUCCCCUGGAGCGUCAUUGCCCACCACAGACUGGAUAGAGGAGAAAUUGCAGGAGGUCUGUGAGCACCUUGGCAUCACCAGGGACGGUCACCUGAACCGGAAGAAGCUUGUUUCCAUUUGUGAGCAGUAUGGGCUCCAAACGGCAGCUGGGGAGGUGAUUGAGGAGGUACUCCAAAACCUGGAGCAAGAUGGCACCAUGAGUGUGGAGGACUUCUUCUAUGGAUUGUUUAAAAAUGGCAAGUCAUUGACACCGUCGGCAUCUACUCCAUACAGACAGCUGAAACGACAUCUCUCCAUGCAGUCCUUCGAUGAAAGCGGGAGACGUACCACCACCCCCUCCGCCAUGCCCAGCACCGUCGGCUUCUGCCUCUUCUCCAGCUUGGAUGAUGGGAUGGGCUACAGCUGCGUGGAGGGUGUCCUUGACUGCUGGCACCAGGAGGGCAUAGAGAACAGCCAAGAGAUCCUGAAGGCUUUGGAUUUCAGCUUGGAUGGGAAGGUGAACUUGACAGAGCUGACUCUGGCACUAGAAAAUGAGCUCUUAAUAACCAAGAAUGGAGUCCACCAGGCAGCCCUUGCAAGCUUCAAAACAGAGAUCAGACACUUGCUAGAGAGGGUUGACCAAGUGGCCAGAGAGAAAGAAAAGCUGCGGUCAGACCUGGAAAAAGCUGAAAAGCUGAAGUCUCUGAUGGCUUCUGAAGUGGACGACCACCACGCUGCAAUCGAGCGCCGCAACGAGUACAACCUCAGGAAGCUGGACGAAGAGUACAAGGAACGGAUUGCGGCUCUAAAGAACGAGCUCCGGAGAGAGCGGGAGCAGAUCCAGCAGCAGGCUAACAAACAGCGGCUGGAGCUGGAGCAGGAGAUAGAGAAGCUGAAAACUGAUGAGAACUACAUGAGAGACCGCCUGGCCCUUUCCCUGAAGGAGAACAGCCGCCUGGAAAACGAGCUGCUGGAAACGGGGGAGAAACUGGCCGAGUAUGAAAGUUUGGCAAGCAAGCUGCAGAGGAACUUGGAGAAUGUCCUGGCUGAGAAGUUUGGUGACCUGGAUCCCAGCAGUGCAGAGUUUUUCCUGCAGGAGGAGAGGCUGGCACAGAUGAGAAGCGAGUAUGAGCAGCAGUGCAGAGAGCUGCAAGACCAGAUAGAUGAGCUGCACUCAGAACUGGAGGAGUACCGUGCCCAAGGCAAAGUAUUGAGGCCUUCACUGAAAAAUUCACUGUCAGAAGAGUUUGACAUUGAUAUGAAAAGCCAUGGCAAUAGUGGUAUUGAGCCUGACCAAGGGCUUGGUUCAGAAGACUGCAACCCAUUAAACAUGAGCAUCGAGGCAGAAAUGGCUAUUGAACAAAUGAAGGAGCAGCAUGACAGAGAUCUACACCACCUCAAGCAGGAACUCGAAGACACGGUGGGCCAUUAUGAGAAGCAGCUAGAUGAGACAAAAACACACUGUGAAAAGGAGCAGGAGGACAUGAGGAAGAAGUACACUGAGGAGAUCCACCUCAUGGAACAGCAAAUAACUAGCCUUAAAAAUCAAAUUGCAGAGCUGCAAGCAGAAGCAGCAGUUCUCAAAGAACAGCAAGAACAACUUGACUGUAAAUACAAUGAGGAGAAAAACAAGCUGCAAAUGCAUUUUGAUGAGGAAAAAGCCAAUCUGCAAGAAUUACUGAGGCAGGAGCAUGAAGAAGAUGUUAGAGCCAGGCUGGAGCAGGUAAACGAGAAGUUCAGUCAAGAACGGGAAGAGCUGAUGCAAAGUGGUGUGUGGGUGGAGGAAAAAAUGAGAGCUUUAGUGCAGACACUGCAGGAAGAAAAGGGAGAGCUGGAGCGUGGCUUUCAUGAGCAGCUGAAAAGGAUGGCAGAGGUGCAUGCCCUGGAGAAGGAAGAGCUGCAGCAAGAGCUGCUGAGGAAGCACAAGCAGGACCUAGAGGAGGAAAGGGAAAAAAUGGAAAGUGACUAUAACAGAAGAAGAUCUUAUGUAGAAACUCAGUUUUCUGUCGACACGCAAGCACUGGUGAAUAAAUACGAAGCAGCGAUCCAGAACCUGGAAGGACGUCACCAGCGAGAGCUGCGGGAGCUUGCUGAGCAGCAGAGAGAAGAGAAAUCUCAGUGGGAGUUUGAAAAGGAUGAAAUUGCUCAGGAGGUUGCUGAAGCCCAUGAGCAGCUGAAGGAAAAGCUGGCAAAUGAAAAGGCUGUUUCUUCUGCCCUGGCCCAGGAGAAAGAUCUCCUGGAGAAGACCUUCAAGGAAGAGGUGAACAAGCUUGUGUGCGAGAGAGAGCAGCUUCAGAAGGAGCUGCAAGACCUGAAGGAUGCUGCUGAGAUGCAAGAGAAGCAGCUAAAUGGUAAAAUAGCACAACUCCAAAAGGACCAUGUGAAAGAGCUGAAGAACAAAGAAGAGCACCUGUCUGUGGUGGAGGAAAAUAGGGAGCUGGUUAGGCAAAAACUGGAGAGGCUCAAUAGUGAAUUUAAGCAAGAGAAAGAGGACCUCAAUUCCAGACUUCUCGCUCUAGAGAGUUUAAACAAAGACAUUUGUGUAAGGGCAGAAACAGAGAAGGCAGAGAUGAGUUUGGAGAUCUCAAACCUUCAGGGGAAGAUCCAGAAACUGCAGUGGGAGACCCAUAGCUUUUCCAUGCUACAAGACCAUUAUAGGGUCCUGGAAAGUGAGUAUGCCAAAGCAAAGAGCAAAAUUGCUUCUUUCUCCAGUGUGGUCCCUCUGGGAGAUGAUGCAGAUGUCCUCUUAAAUCUGCAGAAAGUGCACGAGCAGGCUGUGAAGGAGAAUGUCAGGAUGGCUGCCGAGAUCAUCAGGCUGCAGCACAGGUUGGCGGCUGCGGAGCGGGAGCCUGUGCGACUGCACGGGCCUGGCUGCUCAGACUCCAGCUCAGAACCAGCUCAGCUGUCAGAUGAAAUAGAUCCCGUUUUUGAAGGGUUGCUCAGUGAUUGCAGAGAUGCUGACAAGCAAACAGAGUCCAAUCUCCUUUCACUUUUGGAGACUGAUACCACAGACCUGGAGGAAAUGUCUGAGAUGGAGUCAGAUUUGGAGAAAUCAUGUGGGAAAGCCAGAGCAGGUGGAAAGCUUGUGAAAACCCUUGACAGAGUUCCCAGACCAAAAAUGCUACAUGAUGGUGUUAAACAGCAGAAGGUUCAUCUGCUCAAUCACAGAAUAGCUCCUAAAAAUAGAAGAUCUGUUUCUGAUGCUUCAAAGCUGCAGGUUGAGCUUGAGGAGGCCAAAGAACUGAGUGAAGCUUCUUUCCAGCUUGACCACGUUCCCAGGUCAGCAAAUGGUGACCUGAAAAAUGUAGUAGCUCAGCUUUGGGAAUGGGUGGAAGAGUUAGAAGACAGAUCAAUGGCACAAGCUAAACUUCUGUCACUACAAGAGGAACUUCAGGUAGAAAAUGAGGAUCUGAAAUCUGAAAUUAUCCGGUUAGUUGAAAAAAAUAAAGUGCUGGAAGACAGCCUGCAUAAGCUGAGAAGCUCUCACUGCAAGCUGGAAAAUAUGAAGCUCAGAGAGGGAAGCACAGAGCUCCUCCAAAAAGCUGGAGAACUGGAAGAUGUGCAAGAACAAGAUGCUGAAGGAAACCUAGAUGCACACAGUGACAAGAUAAGACCAUGCUGCCAGCUUGGGAAGCUUGAAGAACAUGCCACCACGUUUACAGAUCAGCAAGAAAGGCAUGUCCAUAGUGCCAGCACCAUGAAAGAAAUGAGGGAGCUGCAAGAACCCAGAAGAAAGCUGAAGGAGAAAGCUGCUGCUCUGGUUAGCCCCAACGAGUUGCAUUCCCAUGGAGAGAGGGUGGAGAGGAACACAGUGACCCACAGCUUGCAAAGCACAUGCACUGGGCUGCAGCAAAAAGUUGACCUCCUGAGAUGUGAAGCUGAGAAGCUGAGAGAAGAAAAUGCUCUUCUGAAAAACGAAGUGACUUUAUUGAAUGAGGAAGGUGGAGCCUCCAGCCUGAAGCUGAGGGAGCUAAACGGAUCCCGAGAGGAAAUGCGGCAAAAGAUAGAGGCAGUGAGAAAGGAGAAAGAGGCUGUGCAGAAGAUGGUUGACAACCUGAAAAAGCAGGUAGCAGAUCUGAAAACCAGGAACCAGCAGCUGGACUCUGAAAACACAGAACUGAGCCAGAGGAACUCCAAAAAUCAAGCAGAUGUGCAGGAUCUUAAUCAACAGCUGGCAAGGGUGCUCAAGCAAAAGGAGAGAGAAGCUGGAAAGUGUACCUUGGAAGAAUGGGAAAAGGAGAGGCUGGCACUGAAAGAGGAACUGGAAAACUCCAAAGUCAAGUCCUCAAAUCUGGUGUCUUCCUUGGAGAUGGAGCUGUCAAAAAUGAAAGUUCAAGCUCAUAUUUUGGAGCAGGAGAACCACAUCAUGAAGCAGGAACUCGAGAACACAAAACAGCUACCCAGUUGUCCUGACCUCUCUGACCUUCAAAGUGAAGUUUCAAGUUUAAUUGCUAAAAAUGAAAACCUGCAGAAAGAGAAGGAAGCUCUGAGUGAGGAAUUAAACAGAUGCAUUGAUAAGGUGGCUACAGUAAGCUGCUUAGAGAAUGCAAUUGGCAGCUUGAAGCAGGAGCAGAAGUGCUGGGAACAGCAGAGUCAGACACUGAAAGCACAGCUCACCGUUUCACAGGAGAAGGUUCAGAGCCUAGAUGAAACACUGCAAAAUGCCAACCUGCAAAUGUCCAGACUGAAAUCGGACUUAGAGGUGGCACAACAGGAGAAGGAAGCUCUUAAACAAGAAGUGAUGUCUUUACACAAGCAGCUGCAGAAUGCCAAUGAAAAGAACCGGGUUCUAGAACAGGCUGUGCCUUCCUCAGGGCUGCAGGACCAACAGAGGCAACUCCACUGGGAAGAACUGGUCCAGCUGACGAAACAAGAGCAGCAGCUGCUCAGUCAGGAGAAAGAGAGGCUGCAGAAGGAGGUCCAGAGCACCAAAACAGAGCUGGUUCACUCCAGAGAGAAGAUCCGACAGCUGGAAUCUACAAUCCUUUCCCUAAAGCACCAAAAGCAUCAGAGCCAGUCAGGUAUCGUCAAAGCCAUAGAGCAAGAGAAGCUAAGCUUGAAGAGAGAAUGUGAACAGCUUCAGAAGGAGUUGUCAUCUGCAAACAGGAAGAUCAGUCAGAUGAAUUCUCUGGAAGGUGAACUGGAAACCAGCUCAGAAAAUGAAGGGCUAAGGAAAAAGCAAGUCAAACUGGAUGAUCAGUUGAUGGAGAUGCUCCACUCCAGCACCAGUGUGAUGCUUAGCCAAUCUCCGCACUCCCAGGAGCUCCAGCAGCAAGGCUGUGCUGUGGUGCCCAAGGAACAGUUCCUGCAGCUCCAACACCAGCUACUACAAGCAGAGAGGAGAAGUCAGCGUCUUCAGGAAGAACUUGAAAGUCGACCUUCUGAAACAAACAUGCAACAGGGAGGCCAUGAGCAGCUUCUAAAAAUGAUGGAAGAACGUAUGAUGGAUGUUGAACAGAAACUAAGGCUUGUGAAGAGGCUUCUCCAAGAUAAAGUGAAUCAGCUCAAGGAACAACUUUCCAAGAACACUAAAGCAGAUGCAAUGGUCAAGGACCUCUACGUGGAGAAUGCACAACUGCUGAAGGCUCUGGAGGUGACAGAACAGCGGCAGAAAACUGCUGAAAGGAAGAACUAUUUGCUGGAAGAGAAAAUUGCCAGCCUGAAUCGGAUAGUGAAGAACUUGGCAUCGCCGUCGUUAAAGUCAGCCUCUGAGAUAAGGUCAUAGCAAAGCCAUUCAGGUCUGCCACAGCCCCCUUGCACUUUACUGAAAUGUUGGCAUUUCAGCUUUUUUUCCCCACUGUGUUGCCUUUUUUUUUCUGUACUGAUGAGUUUUAGUGAACAAAGGAGAGGAAAGAGCUCAAUUCCAAACCUGGACACUGCCAAAAAUAGAUUUUAAUUCUUUUUUAUUAUCUUUAAUUCCCAAGUUGGUUGUUUUUUUUUCUGCUCAGUUUUGGCUAAAAGUUAUCCUCACUACAGGUUAACUUUAAGGUUAACUCUGAUGUUUGGGUUUAAUGUAAAGUCUGAAUUUGCUGUACUUGAGGUGAUUAUUCCUGCCUAGAUUGAAGCCAGGGUCCACCACAAACUUACAUCACUGAAUUAAACCUUUAGUUUUGGCUUCCUACAAUACUUCACAGCCCAAAUAUUGAUAGGUCAGUCAACAACCCAGUCAACAACCUCAUUUUAAAGUGCUGGUGAAAGCAAGGCUUUCCUGGUACAGCCCUGUGCCCCAGCAAGUGGGUUCUGGUAUAUUGUGAAGCAUUUUUUCACAGCAUACUGUGAUACUGUGAAAAAAUGCUCCACUUUAGACAGAAUUUUGGGUUGUUCUUCGUGGCUGUUUCUCUGCAGAGCUCAGACCAAAAAAAAAGAAAUGUUGUCUUAAAAAACUAUGUAAAGAGAGUUAUUUUCUCCACCUAAGUGUGACAGUAUUUCAUCUGAAGAAAGUUCCCAGCUGGCAAAGAAAAAAAACCCCAAACUAUUAUGUAUUUUUGCUUUUCCUUUUAAGCUGUGCUGCCAGACAACUUAAAAAUGGUAGAGAGGUACAUGGUAAGGAGUUAUUCUAAACAAAGGCAGGGCCAGUGAAGAUGUGAGGUUUAUAUAACUUGUAUAUUCAUAGAUAUAUUCUUAUAUAACUUGUAGAUUCAUUAAAGCAGUGGCAUAGGUUUAUUAAACAACUGGCAGAGGAAUGAAGGAGGGAGGAUUAGAGUGGUUUUUUUUGGUGAUAUCCUGUCAUUUAGGGCUCAGAAAUGUGGAGCUUUGCCAGCAAUGCAGCAUUCAAGUGAUCAUUUUGAAAGGUUUGACUCCUGCAGAAGAUCUGAGGGCAGGAUCUGUUACUAAUUGUGAGGAAACAUAUUCGCCGUGAACGUGAUGAACUCAGGGAAUAACAGCCUAGAUUAGCUUCCUUCACCAUCAUCAAUGUGGAUAUUAGUGCCAGAGGAUAAAGAUAGAUCUGCAUUAGGAAAAGCAGGAGAAAAUCAAGCUCUGUUUGGAUGAGUAUUUCCUAGGCCUCUGUUCAGUCAUGAAGGUGGAAGAGCAUCAAGGUUUGUAGUGACAGGUCCAUUUUGAUCAGUCAGAGAGGCUGGGAAAUGCAAGUUUUCUGAGAACACCUUCAAAUAUGGCACAGAAGCAGCUGAAGGAGGAGCUUGCAUGCUCAAACACUUGUACAUAACCUAUGAGCAGUUUAAAUGCCCUGUGCCACCAUCAAAUCAGUAAGACACGCUCAACAACGUAACUAAAACUGGUAAGAAGGGCCACAGCGGCAAUUCUUGAAACUGGACCUCGUUAAAUAUGCAGGAAUUCGGAAUGCAGGGGAAGGUGGUGGGAUGUUUUGUCUCCAAGACAGCUAGCAGGGUGACAGUUCUGACAACAAAGCCAAAAGUCCCCCAGAACCUGGGACAAACUGCUUGCAAGAUGUGGGAUAGACCAUGGAACAUGAUGCCAUGUGGUACUACUGUGUGGUUACAGGGGAUGUCAGUUCUGUCUGGGUGCUUAUACACCCAUUUUGAAGGGUUGAGGGACUGUAUUAGAUAUAGAUGGUAUGACCUCCUUCUCUUCUUUCUCCUUCUCUCUUUCUUCUUCUCCCUCCUCCUCUCUUUUUCUGUCUUCUCUUGCUCCUUCUCCUUCCCUCCUGCUCCUUCUCCUUUUCCUUUUUCUCCCCCUCUUUCUCUUUCUCCCUCUCUUUUUCUCUUUCUCCUCCUCUCUUUUUCCCUCUCUCUUUCUCUUUCUCCU